UCAGGGGCGGGCAGUAAGAAUUUGAUCCAUAGUCAGGUAACUCAAGCAAUCCCUAUUGUCAGUGCAAUCAGACCUAUAUAAAUCCACCUUGACGGACAGCAGUCACCACAGAGCCUCACCUCUCAGCUGCACCACCGACCGACCAGGGAGCGAACUUCCAACACGGACUAAAAUGUCGAUCUCAUCUAUCCUUUCCGCUGAUGCCAUCGACAGCGCCAUCAAGGACUGCCAAGCUCCGGACUCCUUCUGCGCAAAGAAGUUCUUCGAGUUGUCUGGCCUCAGCAAGAAAAGCCCACAGGAUGUGAAGAAGGUUUUUGGCCUUGUGGACAAAGAUAAAGACGGCUUUAUCGAGGAGGAAGAGCUGAAGCUUUUCCUCCGGACGUUCUGCCCUGGGGCUCGAGUCCUGACGGACAAGGAGACUAAAGCCUUCCUGAGUGUUGUUGACAAUGACGGUGAUGGGCGAGUUGGAGCGGACGAGUUCCAAGCUUUGGUCUUGUCCUAAACCGGUGGAAUCCGCUCCAUCUAGAUCUGACCUCUACGCCUUCGGCUCAAUGCUUAAAGGGCUCCUACUAUAGUCAUUUUAAAUCUAGUUAACCAUCCUAAUUUCCUCAUUUCCCAAAAUUAUUCUUGUCCACUAACAUCUACAUGUCUGUGAUGUUUCAGCUUUUUUUUUUUUUGUCCCUCAUUUGUUUCGGAACCAUCAUAAAGCUGUGCUCAAACUAAUGAGCGCUUGACUGCUGAAAUAAAAGGAUGAAACCUAA